CAAGAAUCAACAAAUAUCAACUCAACUAAUUAUUCAACAUGAUGCAACAGGUCGUUCUUUUUUGUGUCGUGAUUAUGGCUGCACAAUGCAUGGUCUUGCAUCGUGCGUCUGCGCCGUUAUUCUUCGGACACUACCCUGAACCCAAUUACAGUUUUGCAUAUGAGGUCAACGAUGCCCACACUGGAGAUGUUAAGAGUCAGCAUGAGAGCAGACGUGGUGAUAUCGUCAUUGGACAGUACUCUCUGGUCCAACCUGAUGGUAUAAAGAGGACUGUUGACUACAGUGCCAAUGACCACACGGGAUUCUUAGCGACUGUGAACAACCAGGGCAGACCAGCCGAUCAGGAAUCGAACAGGAAAUAUAACGUACAAGAAGAAACCACUCGGUCACCAAACAGCCAGGAGAUGCAAUACAACACAGCGAGCACCGCUUCUUACAGUACACAGGGAUGGCCCCAAAACGUACCAAGCCAAAGCGUUACAGUCGCUCCCGUCACCAACAUUAGGACCUCGAUCAUUCACCCCUCCUUCCACAACGGCCACAAUCCUUGGAUCUAAGCAGUUAGAAUAUCGAGCAUAGCACUAAAUGGACCCGGAAUCGAUUUUAACUUCAAUUUAUUUGCAUUUAUUUCCUAAGCGGUUACCGUCUAAUGUUUAUCGGCUGCGGAUAAACUAUAUCGUUCUUGUAGCUUGCCAUCGAACUCGUUUUAAUGUGUUUAUCGAACCGACUGGUUGUAAGCUCCGGCACGAGCGAUCGCCUUAUCGGUUUUUUGUCAUGUCCCUUUGAUCGUGAUCUUACACGAGCUGAAACGUAGCGGAAGAAUAUUUUUAUUUUUAAUGGACCAUUUUUGAUACUAAUACUACUAUAACAAGAGCAUUAUUUAAUAUAUUCGCAGAC